CUCUGGCGCUCCGCACCCUCCAUCUGCGGCAGUGGGGGCUGGUGGCCCCGGCCCCUGCCCGGCCCCCUCCUCUGACCCCAUGCCUCAGUCCUAACCCCGCUGCCCGCCCCCGCGGGGGGCAUUUCCCCGUUUCCCCUGCCCGCCCCGUCGGAACCGGGAGCCAUGAACGACCAGUACCACCGGGCUGCCCGGGAUGGCUAUCUGGAGCUCCUCAAGGAGGCCACACGGAAGGAGCUGAAUGCCCCCGACGAGGAUGGCAUGACCCCCACCCUCUGGGCUGCCUACCACGGAAACCUGGAGUCGCUGCGCCUCAUCGUGAGCCGCGGCGGUGACCCAGACAAGUGUGACAUCUGGGGCAACACACCCCUGCAUCUGGCAGCUUCCAAUGGCCACCUUCACUGCCUGUCCUUCCUGGUGUCCUUUGGGGCCAACAUCUGGUGCCUAGACAACGACUACCACACGCCGCUGGACAUGGCUGCCAUGAAAGGUCACAUGGAGUGCGUGCGCUAUCUGGACUCCAUAGCGGCCAAGCAGAGCAGCCUCAACCCGAAGCUGGUGGGCAAGCUGAAGGACAAGGCCUUUCGCGAGGCUGAGCGACGCAUCCGGGAGUGCGCCAAGAUGCAGCGCAAGCACCACGAGCGCAUGGAACGGCGCUACCGGCGAGAGCUGGCGGAGCGCUCAGACACGCUCAGCUUCUCCAGUCUCACGUCCAGCACCUUGAGCCGCCGGCUGCAGCACCUGACGCUGGGCAACCACCUGCCCUACUCGCAGGCCACACUGCACGGCACCGCUAAGGGCAAGACCAAGAUCCAGAAGAAGUUGGAGCGGCGCAAACAGGGCGGCGAGGGCACCUUUAAGGUCUCGGAGGACGGCCGCAAGAGCGUCCGCUCCCUCUCAGGCUUACAACUAGGCAGCGACGUGAUGUUCGUGCGCCAGGGCACCUACGCCAACCCCAAGGAGUGGGGUCGCGCCCCGCUCCGGGACAUGUUCCUCUCGGACGAGGACAGCAUCUCCCGUGCCACGCUGGCGGCCGAGCCUGCCCACUCGGAGGUCAGCACCGACUCAGGUCACGACUCCCUGUUUACUCGCCCCGGCCUGGGCACCAUGGUGUUCCGCAGAAACUACCUAAGCAGCGGGCUGCACGGGCUGGGCCGCGAGGACGGGGGCCUGGACGGGGCAGGCACGCCGCGGGGUCGGCUGCAUAGCUCCCCGAGCCUGGACGAUGACAGCCUGGGCAGUGCCAACAGCCUGCAGGACCGCAGCUGCGGGGAGGAGCUGCCCUGGGACGAGCUGGACUUGGGCCUGGACGAGGACCUGGAGCCCGAGACGAGCCCGCUGGAGACCUUCCUGGCCUCCCUACACAUGGAGGACUUUGCCGCCCUCCUGCGGCAAGAGAAGAUCGACCUGGAGGCGCUAAUGCUGUGCUCUGACCUCGACCUCCGCAGCAUCAGUGUCCCGCUGGGGCCGCGCAAGAAGAUCCUGGGGGCGGUGCGGAGGCGGAGGCAGGCGCUGGAGCGCCCACCAGCCCUAGAAGACACAGAGUUAUAACCAGGGACUCCUCUCCUCUGACCAAAAUGAAUUGCAAGUUGCCACAACCCGCGGUGGGGCCCGAGGUCCUCACAAUUGCCAGCCCUGUAGCCCCUUCCCCAGGAGCAAGACCAUGUGGGUCAACUCCCUUGAAAGCCUGUCCAUACCUCGAAGCAAGGGUGUGGCCUGGAGGCGGCCUGAGGGGCAACAGAACACCCCUGAGUCCCAGUGCUGAGGGUCCCAGAGCCCCAGAGCUGCCCCUCUCUGAGCAACCUUGAGAAGUACAUGUGGAUUUGUGGCCAGCCCCUGAAGGAGAGCAGGGUCUGCUUGUCCCGCAAAGACUACAAAACAUCAGAGCUGGAGGAAGGGGGCAAGCAGGGGACGUGACCCGUCUCACCAUGCUGUCUUUCCUACCCAUCCUCCCUGUCCCCUCAGGCCACGAAGACUUGCUGAUUACUACAUUUUAUGAAGGGAAGAGUUUGGGCAGCCUCCCUCCCCACAUGUGCCCCAGAGGGGAAGUUCCCCAGCCACACUCUUCAGCCAAAUGCCCUGCCUUUCAGUCCCCACCUCAUCCCCCUAAAGGCCAGCCCCAUGUCUUUCACCACUGGCUGUGGGUGGAGCAAAAGAGCCAGGCUGGGGUGAGCUGGGGCCUGACCUCCUCCAGCCUCCCGCUUCUUUGCUGUGCAGCCUUUUACACCCCCCACACACCCGGGGCCCAGAGGGUCAGAAUGCUAGGUAUUAGGUGCUAGAGCAGCAGGCUGCAGUAUUAUGGCCCCCAGGCCUGGUGGGCACCCACUGGCUACAGAAUGGCAUCUGCCAGCAGCCUCAGAGUCUCCCAGGGGCCCAUAUGGGCAGGGCCUGGGCACAGCCAGGUGUCAGGCCCAGCAUGGGGAAGUUCUAUGAGGGUGACCCUGGAGAAUGUGAUAAUCUAAACUGCUGAUCGUGUCCAGGCCACUAGGACUGUGUGUGCAUGUGUGUGUGCAUGCGUGUGUUUUGAGGGUUGUGGGUUUCUCUGGAGGCCUGGAAGCAUCUGGCCUGCUGUGUGAUUCUUCAUGGAUCACAAGGAAACAAGAACUCACCAUCUGUGCCAGCUCUGUGAUGGUGCUGAGGCAGGGGAAAGGCCAGCCCAGAGGGUCCUCAGAGCAUGUCCUUAGAGCUCUCCAGCCAGACCACAGGUAUGGGAGACUCACAGGUAUGGGAGAGUCCCUCAGGAGCCACAUGUGUGUGUUUCCAUGCCUAGUGCAGAGGCACCCUUCCCCCUCGUCGGCAGUGGACUCCUUAUCUGUCCCCAGCUUGAGAGCAGCCCCUGCUGGAGCUCCUCCCAGGGCCUCCUCGGCUGUGGCAGGAGAAGAGGACCCCCAAAGACCCGUCUGGUCUGUCUGUGUGUGGCCCCAUGUACAAACAUGCCCCGAGCUGGGGAUGCAAAGGAGGCGACCCUUUCCCACUGCAAGACCCGAAGGACCUGGCUGCCUGUCACAACCAUCCCGAGCUCUCCCUGGCUCCUCUCCCUGUUGUCUGGGCCUGGGCCUGGGGCCACCCCAAGUGCCGACUCAUCUUCUCUGAGCCCCAGGUGCUGCCUUCCUCACCUGAUCCCUGUCCGUUUACUGCCUCAGCCCCUCUCAGCUCCCCCUGCACUGAGGCGGGCCGGGCUCUGAUUCCCACCACUGUACACAGACCCUUCCCUCAGGCUCAUUAUAACUUUUGUAGA